GCUGGGAUAAUAGGCAGGUCUGCGGUUGCAGGCUUCCUGGAGCUUGGACUGUGAGAUCAGGGCCGCGGCAGAGGGGCGGCCAAUGGCGUGGGAGCGGCCACGCAGGCCGGCUCUCUGAGGUUUGCGUUGGAAUGCUCUUUGUGACCUCAGCCUUAGCACAGUGAAGCACAGCCUUAGCAGGACAGUUGUAUGGCAGAGAAGGGCACAGGGUUGAGCGAUGGCGCUAAUCUGGGAGCUGCUUAUGCCGCUGUCACCCCAUCUCAACCUUCUACUACCAUUCGGUGCCCUUGUCUGCGGGGUGUGUGUGCUGUUGGCCAGACGUCACCGCAAGAGGCCGGUGGCAGUCAAGACAGACUCAGAGACUUCACAGCAACAUAAAUUGAAAAAGAUCCAGAAAGGCUCAGUCUCAGAGUCAGAAGAAAGCCUCAGGACAAAAUGCAGUGAAGAUAACCUAACACAUAUUUUAGGAUUCCCUGUGAACUGGGCCCAGGAACGUAUGCUCUGGUCAAUGGACAGGAGUCUUCAGCAGAUCAUCGAACAACUGGAAAGUGCAAGAUUAUGUCUUAUGGAACUGCAUUUAUCUGAACCACAGGAUGAGACUUCUUCCACCACCUCUCUCCUUGAGGCUCAGGAAGCUGAUCCAUCCUGUUACGUCUGUGAGAAGGCAACAUAUUCCAGCAACCACAGCAUCUCCUCUGGGUCAUCCAGCAAUAGAUCCGGCCUGUCUUACCUUCCUGCCCUCUUUGAAGGGACGCGUUGGCAAGUCCAGAGCAAUCGUUUGCCUGCUUCCUGCAGAAAGCAGUCGUCUGUGUUAAGGAACCAAAGCACAUCCCUGCCACCUUUUCAGUUGUUAGAGCCUGAAGAACCAGAGCUACUUCAGAAUUUGGAAGCCCUUUCACACUUACCACCACAAAAUUAUUUUACUGACUCUAUGUUUGAACCCCUAAAUGCCUGCACACAAGAAGAGAAAACAAAAAAUAAGAGAAGGCACAGGAAUCUUUUGGUAGUGGAUCAUGGGACAACUUCUGUUCUGAGUGAAAGACCACGCCUCCCAGAGUGGGCUCUGUCCCAGCUCUCUCUUUUGUCCAAAGGGAAGCUGGAAGGACAUAUGUCUAGAAAGGUUCGUACUUUGCAGGAACAAUCAGUGCCUGUGCCUGCGAAAAAAUCUUGGGCAAUGCUGAAUUACUUGAUUAAGGUAUCAGGAGAAGUCUCUGAACUAGAGGACCCCCAAACCCAGUUAUCAACACUCAUUCAUCAAAACACUGAGCAAAAUAUCAGCAAUAAAUCCCCAGACCAUCCAGCAUUUCAGCUUCAUGUGGAUACAGGAAUAGAAUCUGGAUUGAAGAGGACAGAAACAAAAAUUUCACACACACUUACUUCAAGGGAGCAAUUACAAUACGGAAAUGACCCCAAAAUCCUCAGAUCCAAACCCUUGGUUCCAUCAGUGGGCAUUCCACCUCCCAGACAUUUAGGAGUUAACAUAACUCAAGAAGAAACUGCUUCACCGAAGGGCUCAAAACAUGUACUACACCUUAGUACAGAGCAGAGCUCCAUAGGUCUUUCAGAAACAAGAAUUGAGCAGCAUAAUACACAAGCAGCUAAUAUGGAGCUGACAUCAGGGCUUCCUUAUAAAGGCACAGAGAACAUAAAGAUAACUCCACUGGCAUUGCUUCAGGUCAUGGAUUCAAUGGGGAUGAUCCCAGAAGCACCUCCAGAAAUGACAGAAUCCGUGGAUUUGGUCCCAAAUCAAAUUGUAAAGCCAGUGGAAAUCAUGGAAACAGCACAUAAAACUCUCAAACUACCAAAACAAGUAACUGAAUCAGUGGAGAUAACCGAAAAGACUCAGCAACGAGUUGUACAACCAAACAGGAUGGGUUCAAGACUGAAACAAGACAUAGAUAAUGUGAAGACAACUCCCACAGCAAUGCUUCAAGUCAUGGAUUCUAAGAGAAAGACUAAUGAAUCACAUCCAUGUAUCACAGAACCAGUAAGAAUGACCCCAAGGCCACCAUGUCAAGCCAUGGAGUCUGUGAAGAUGAAGACAUUGUUGGACACAAUGAUGCCACAACACACAGUCACGGGAACUGUAGAAAUGGCCCCAGGGCCAAAGCACAAUGUCAUGGAAUCAGUGAAUAUGACUUCAAGGUCACAAAGUCAGUCCAUGGAACAAGUAAAGCUUACUAUAGACCUAAUACAUCAAAACACAGAAUCAGUGAAAAUGAUCUCAACACCAUUACAUCAGGUCACUGAGCACAUGAAAAUAACCCCAGUGGCACUAUCACAAACCAAAAGUUUCAGGGAGAUUCCACCAGUACAGUCACAUGAGAUAGGAUCUGGGGCUUUGAGCCAAGGUAUACCGUCUCAAGUUGCAAAUUUGACCUCAAAGCCAACUCAACCAGAUGGUUUGACUUCUCCCCCUAGUGAUCUUCCUAUUGCUAUUGCUCCUCUGGUUGUACAAUCUGUGAGUUUACCUCCAGAGUCACCACCCAAAGUGAUGGAACCAACACGGAAGAUUCUGACACCAUCAUGGCAACCCAUUCCCCUAAACAUAAACUCAGCAGUGCUGGCUUCACCCUUGGUUCUGAUCACAGAAUCACAGUCAAAAAUUGUAAAAUCUGAGGGUUUGAGUCCUCAGUCAAUAUCUCUAGGCAAAGAAUCUCUGGGAUUGACUUCUGGAUUAAAGACUGAAAUGCGAGACCCUCUAGGUUUGGCUCCAUCGUAUCAUCAAGGCACAGAGUCUGUGUCAUUAGCUUCAGGACUGCCUCAUCAAAUCCCAGAAUACUCAAUGGUACACUCAAAGCAAAGUCAUAAAGUGACAGAAACUGUGGGGUUGACCUCUGACACAGGGCUACAAGUGAAGAAAUCUGUACAGUUGACACAAUCACACCAUCAAAUAAUGGAACCAUUGGAGACAAUCUCAGGUCAAGACCAGGUAGGUCAAGAUACAGAAUCUACAGGAAUAUGCCAAAAGCCUCUGCAUCAGGUUACACAAUCUGCAGUAAGGACUACUACAUCUCUGCUUCAAGGUGUGAAAUACGUGGGAGUGGAGCCAAUACUACAAUUUAAGUUGACAGAUUCUACAAAAUUAUCCCCAGGACUGCAAAAUGUAAAAUCUAAAAAUCUGACUGUGGGACCAGAGUUGCAAAAUAUGAAAUCUGUAGACACAAUCACAGGUUUAGACCCUCAAAUGGUAAAUUAUGAACAACCAAUCCCACGUAUGAAAUCUAUAGACUUGGCCCCAGAAUUUCAACAGCAGAGUGUAAAAUCUGAGGGGUUGGCACCUAUACCACAGCUGCAAAGUAGAAAAUCUACAGAUUCGAUCCCCAGUUCACAGUUUCAAGGUCUACAGUGUCUUCGUUUGGCUCUGCCACCAGAGUGUCAACAUAUAAAAACGGUAGAACUGACCUUUAAAUCACCACUGGAAGAAUCAAAAUCUGUGGAAUUGGCCUCAAAGUCAUGGUUACAAAAUACCAGCUUGGGAGAGGUAGACUUAGUACCAUUGCUUAAAGAGACAAAAACUCCUCAAAGGAUAGAAUGUAGGAGGUUAACUCCUGAGAAACAAGUGCAAAGCAUGAAAUUUGGGGAAUCGGCCCUAGGCACACACCUUGAGCCAGUCAAAUAUAAAGAACUGAACCCUGAUCAAUAUCACCAUGCCACAGAACCUGAAGGACUGACCCCACAGAAGCAAGCCUCAGAAUCUUUAGGGAUGACCUCAGAUUUAGGACUUCAAGAAACAGUUGCAAAAUUGACCCCUGAUACUUGUCACCAAGUGGAAGCAUCUGAUGAGUUGACACAGUCAUCUUUAGGAAUUACUGCAGUUUCAUUAAGCCAAACUUCAGAAUCUAUAAAAAUGAGCCCAUCAUUACUCCAAGACACUACUGGGACUGUGCUCUCAUCUGUAAGAGCGAUAGGGUUGACUCCAGAAUCACAACACACAGUAAAACAAUCUCUGGGCUUAAUACCUGGAUCAGAGGUACAAAGUGUAAAAUCAGGAGUAUUGACCCUCGAGUCGCAGCCCCAAGGCAUGAUCUUUGUUCAUCCAAAGGUAGAGCCAUGUUCAAAAGUUACCACAUUGUUGAAGGGACCCCUAAAGUCAGACACUAAAGACACAGAAACUGUACAGUUAUCAUUUCCUCAAGUUGAUAAGACCCAUGAGGCUAUCCAAAAACCACAUUCAGAAACUGGCUCUCUGGAGUUGACUCUAGGGCCAGUGACACAACAUGAGAAAUUAGGUUCAUUACUGCAAAACUUGAAAUCUGUUGAUUUAACUGCUGGGUCAUCCCCAUUAGUAGUAAAAGCUACAGAAUUAAUUACAGUGCCAAAACCAGACUUCAUUGCCUUGACCUCUGGGCCACAGCUUCAGAAAGGAAAAUCUAGGAAGACUGAUCCAGAACCACAUUUGCAAGAUGCAAAAUGUGUGAAUUCAAUCCCACAAUUAAGGACGGAAGAGGUAGAACCUAAAAAACCAAAAGCAGAGGCAACAUUACAAAGUGUUUUAUUGGAAGAAUUGACUAUAGAACUUAAAUCUGUGGAUUUAAAUUUACACCCAGAGCAAUCAAAUGUCAAAUCUGGAUUGACUCCAGGGCCACAGUUGCAAAGUGUCAGAUUUUCAACAUUAUCUCCAAGGUCAGUUCAAGGAGAAAAAGCUGCAGAUUUAAUCUCAGGGCCCCCACAAAGUAUGAAAUAUUCUGAAUUGCCCCAAGAGCCACAGCCAGAAGAUACAAAACCUGGGGAGCAGACCAUAGUCUCAAGGCCUCGAGGUUUAAAAUCUCAGAAGGUGCUCUCAAAGCCACAGCCAGAAGAUACAAAACCUGUGGAUCAGACCACAGUCUCAAGGCCUCAAGGUUUAAAAUCUCAGAAGCUGAUCUCAGAACCACAGCCAGAAGAUACAAAACCUGUGGAUCAGACCACAGUCUCAAGGCCUCAAGGUUUAAAAUCUCAGAAGCUGAUCUCAGAACCACAGCCAGAAGAUACAAAACCUGUGGAUCAGACCACAGUCUCAAGGCCUCGAGAUUUAAAAUCUCAGAAGCUGAUCUCAGAACCACAGCCAGAAGAUACAAAACCUGUGGAGCAGACUACAGUCUCAAGGCCUCAAGGUUUAAAAUCUCAGAAGCUGAUCUCAGAACCACAGCCAGAAGAUACAAAACCUGUGGAUCAGACCACAGUCUCAAGGCCUCGAGGUUUAAAAUCUCAGAAGCUGAUCUCAGAACCACAGCCAGAAGAUACAAAACCUGUGGAGUCAACACCAAAGCCAAACCUAGAAGUCAAAUCUAUGGUGUUAAGCCGAGUGCCACAGUCAGGAAGCAUGAAGGCUGAGGAGCUGGCCCCUGGUUCAGAGUUUCAAGGCUUAAAAUCAGAGUUGAUGCCUUUAAGAUCACAGUUGAAAGAUAAGAAAUCUGUGAUUUUAACUCUAGGACCAUGUCUAAAAGGUCUGAAAUCUAUGGACUUAACCUGUAAUCUCCAGCUAGAAGAUGCAAAAUCUGUGGAGGUGACUCCAGGUUCAAGAAUUAAAGAUUUGGGAAUUGAGUUAGUCCCAAGUACAAAGGAUCAAAAUUUGAGAGUUAUGGAACUGAAAUUUGGACAAGGCAAGGAUUCCAUUGCUUUUCCACCAGAUCCAUUGCUUCAAGUUGUUAAACCAAUGGAGAUUCUUCAAAGGCCUCAAAUACAGAGUAUAAAAUCUGAGGAACUGAUUUCAGAGCCACAAAUGCAAGAUAUGACACUUAUGUCCAUUACUCCAUUUACUAAGCUGCAAAAUAUAAAAUCUGUAGAGGAUACUCCAGAUCCACAGCUGCAAUGUGAAAAAUCUGUGAGGUUUGCCUCAAGGCUAAAGGGACAGGAGGCAAAAUCUGUGAAUGUAACCAGAAGACAAGAGUUUCAAGGAGUAAAAUCCACGGAUUUAGACCCAAAGCGAUUUCAAGGGGUGACACCAGUUAGUUUAACUCUUGAUCCUGGACAGGAUAGUCAGGUAUUUGUAAACUUACCAGGUUGGAAAAAUGUAAAUUUAGAACAACUGAAGAGAGGAUUUCAUUCAGACAGUAGAAUGUCUUUGGAGUUAGUUCCAGAGCCAAAAUGUAAGGAUAUAAAGUCUGUACCCUUCAAUAAGACACAGUUGAAAGACCUGGCAUUGUUUGAAUUGACUCCAGAACAAAAUGUAAAAGCUAAAGCACUCAAAUAUGAAGCCCAAUUGCAAAGUAGGAUAUCUUCCAAAUUGACCCCACGACCACAGCUUCAAGACAGAAAAUCUGUGGAGCUAAAAAAAGAGCAACCGAUUAGAAAUAUGAAAACUAUUCAGUGGCUAUCGAGACCUAAGUCCGAACAUGCAACCUCUGUAGGGUUGAGUCUCAGAUCAAAAUCUCAAGGUAUUAACCCUACAGAAUUAAAAUCUGCCAUCCAGUCAAGAAGUAUGAAGUCAUCUGAAUUGACUCUAGGGCCUAAACUUCAAGGACCAAAAUCUACAGAAUUUAAUCCUAAAUCACAGUUACAGAGUGUGAAGACCUUUAAAUGGUCCCAAGGAAAAAGGCUACAAAACCAGAAAACAUUUGAAUCAAACUCAGAGCCACCAAUAGGUGGUGGGAAAACUGUGGAAUUAAACAAAGAACCACAACUUGGAAAUAUGAAAUCUUUGCAGUGGAUACCAGGCCCUGAGUUCCAAGGAUUAAAUCUGAAGACACAAUCUCAAGGUGUCAAACCUACAGAGCUGAAAUCUUUGACAUACUCAGGAGGUCUGAAGUCAUCUGAAUUGUCUCGAGGGCCAAAGGUUCAAGGUACAAAAUCUAUAGAAUUGGAUGUACAGCAGGUACAGUGUGGGGAAACCCCUGAGUUGUUUCCAGGGUCAGAGCUACAAAAAAGGGAAAAUUUUAGAUUAACCCCAGAGCCUCAGCUCCAAGGAAGAAAAUCUGCAGAAACCUACCAAGGGCCACAACUUGGAAGCAUGAAGUCUAUUGAGAGGAUACCAGGACCAGACUUCCAAGUUAUAAAAUCUGGACCAGAGUGUAGAAGUAUGAAAUCACUUGACCCAACUUCAAGGUCAAAGCUCUGUGAUGUAAAAUCCAUGGUAUUCAAAUCACAGCUUCAUUUACAAAAUGUGAAAUCUGCUGAGUUUAUGCCAGGACUGCAGCUGCAAAUGAAACAUUUAGAGUCAUCCCCAGGAACACAGCUUCAAGGUAUGAAGUCUCUAGUGUUUAUGCAACAGCCACAGCUUCAAGAAGUGAAAUCUAGGCUAUUAAGUCAAAGGCCACUAUUACAAAAUGGUGAAAUUGUAGACCUGAACACACUACUAGGCUUGAAAAGUAUGAAGUCAUCUGAAUUGGCUCUUCAGACAGAACCUCAAAGUAUGAAGUCCAAGAAGUUCGACUCUGGGUCCCAGUGGCAAAGUCCAGUAUGUUCUAAGUUGACACCUGAGGCAAACUCUGAAUAUAUAAAAUGUAUUCAGUUAAGCUCCUGCUCACAGGUGAAAGGUAUGCCACUUUCUGAUUUGACCAUGGAAAACAAGAUUCAAGGUGUCAAACCUACAGAUUUCAAACCUCAGCCACAGACGCAAGAUAUAAAAUCUUCUGAGUCAAUACCUAGGACAAAACUUCAAGAAACAAAACUGACAGAAUUUGACUCAGGCCCACAGUUGCAAGAUGUGAAAUCUUCUAAGUUGAUCACGGGUAUAAAGCUUCAAGAUACAGAAUCUAUGAAUUUCAGUUCCAAACCAUACACACAAGGUGUGAAAUCUUCUAAAAUGAUCCUAGGUGAGACGCUUCAAGGUGUGAAAUGUGCAGAAAUCAACUCUAGUCCAAAGUUAUCAGAUGAAGAAUCUGACUUGACCCUGGGGAGAGAGUUUUCAGGUAUGAAAUCUGGACAACACUUUAAAAGUGUAAAAUCUGUUGAAGUGGCACCAGAGAUCAAACAUCAAGGUGUAAAGAUAGUGGACUUCAACUCUGGACCACAGAUUCAAAGCCAAGAAUCUUCUGAGUUGGCUCAAAGGACAAAUAUUCAAGAUGUGAACUCUGUAGAAUUCAACUGUGGCCCAAAGUUACAAGGUGUAACAUCAGUUUUAUUACCAAAGACAAAUCUCGAAGGUGAGGAAUCUGCAAAAUUCAACUCAGACUCCUAUUUACAAGAUAUGAAAUAUUCUAAGCUGAUCUCAGAGACAGACUUUAAGGAUACAAAAUCUAUAGGGUUUGGUUCCAUACCAUACUUGCAGGGUGUGAAAUCUGACAUAAUCCCAGAGACAAAGCUUCAAAAAGAGAAAUCUGUGGGAAUUAAAAUGCCUCAGUUACUGCAGCAAGAUGUGAAAUACUGUCAACUGACUCUAAGUAAGGUACAAGAUAGAAAAUCUUUAGGUUCCAACUCUGCCCCACCAUUACGAAAUAGGAAACUGUCUAUGUUGACACCACAAAUAAAUGAUGAAUAUAUGAAAUCUAUGGAAUUCAACCCAAGCACCAAUUUGCAAGACAUGAAAGCUGAGUCUAUAAACCUUCCAAUAGUAAACUACACAGAGAACAAUGAUGGCUCAGAAUUGCAGGUUGCAAAACUCUCUUCUGAACUCAAUGCUGGAAAUCAGCACCAAGGUAAGAAAUCUCAAAAAUUGGAGCAAUGGCUACAAUUUGAAAGUGAAAAAUUUACAGUGUUUAAUUCUGGGCCACAUUUGCAACAUGUAAAAUCUUCAAAAUUAUGUCCAAGGAUAAAGAUUCAAGAUGCAUUCACUUCUGAAAAACAGCCAGGAGAUGUAAGAUCUUCUGAGUUGUGUCUGGGAACAAAGCUCCUAGGUAUGCAGUCUUCAGAGUUCAAUCUUGGGCCUCAGUUGGAAAGGAUAAAGUCUUUUGACUUAUGCAAAGAAAACAAGCUUCCAGAUAACCAAUCUCUGGAAUUCAAGCAUAAGUAUGAAUUACAAGGUAGGAAAUCCUCUCAAUUGAAUCCAAGGCCAGAGAUUCAAUGUAAAAACUGUAUGACAUUCAAUAUUGAGUCACAGUUACAAGAUGUAAAAUCAUCUGAGCUGAAACCUACAACAGAGUUUCAAGAUACAAAAUCUAAGGUGCUCUGCCUUGGACCUCACUUGCAAGGCAUAAACUUUUCUGCAUCCAUUCCAGGACUAAAACCUCAGUGUGUAAAUUCUGUUGGAUGCAAUCCUGAGCCACAUUUGAAUGAUGUGGAUUCUUCUGCAUGUACACCAGGACCAAGACUUCAGUGUAUGCAUUCUACCAGGUUCAACUCUGAACCACAUUCUAAAGAUGUGAAUUCUUCUGCCUGGACUUCAGGAGCAAAACCUCAGUAUGUAAAUUCUACUGGGUGCAAUCUUAAGCCACAUGUGAAAGAGAUAGAUUCCUCCACAUCCUCUGCUAGGCCCAAAAUUCAGUAUAUAAAUUCUACUGGAUGCAACUCUGAAUCGUAUUUUCAAGGUGUGAAUUCUGCAUGCACUCCAGGGGCAAAAUCUCAAUGUGUAAAUUCUACUGGAUGUAACCCUGGACCACUUUUACAGGAUGUGAAUUCUUUUGCAUCCUCUUCAGGGCUAAAACCUCACUGUACAAAUUCUACUGGUUGCAACCCUGGGCCAUGUUUGCAGGAUGUGACUACUCAACCCUCUUCCGAGGCAAAACCUCCGUGUGCAAAUUGUACAGGGUGCAACCCUUGGCCACAUUUGCAGGGUAUAAAUACUUGUGCAUCUUCUCCAGGGCCAAAACCUCAGUGGACAAAUUCUACAGGUUGCGAACCUGGGAUACAAUUUCAGAGUAUGAAUAUCUGCCCAUCCUCUUCAGAGCCAAAACCUCAGUGUGUAAACUCUACAGGAUGCAACGUUGGGCUAUAUAUGCAAGAUGCGACACUUCCUGAAUUAACUCCAGUUUUAGAACUUCGAGGAGUAAAGUCUUGUGAGUUGAAUUCAAGGACACAAAUUCAAAGCAAGACAUCUGUAGUAGUCAAUUCUGAACCACACUUUCAAGGAAUGAAAUCUUCUGAGUUAACUCCAGGGACAAAGUGUCAAGUCCAAUUUUCAGAGAACCAGCUUCAGUGGGAGCAACAAGUUGUACAACCUGUGUUCAAAUCAGGGCCUUCAUUCAAUGAUCUGAAACCUGUGGUAGGCAUACCAGAUCCACUGCUUAGCGAUGUAAAGUCUGAGGAGAUGAGGAAACAACCAUCACUUUCUGGUGUAGACCCUGUAAAACUGACUUCAGGCUCUGGGCUGCAGGACUUAAAAUAUGGGGUAUUUGCACUAGAAAAGUUAAGUUUUCAAGAUUUGCAGUCUAUGGAACUGAGCAUGGGAUCCCAACAGAAAGGUAUAAAUAGCCAAGAGCUGAAUUUAGGAUGGAAAGAUGGGAAAUCAUUAGUAUUGGCACCUGAGCCUCCUAGGAAGUUCUUACCAGGACCAGCGCUAUCUAGUGUCAAAUUUUCAAAUUUGUUUCCCGAAUCACAGCAACAAGGUAUGAAUCCUUUGGAGGUGACUCCAGAACCAAAGCUGCAAAUCGUUAAACAUGCAAAAUUAUCUUCAUUAUCGCUGCAACAAAUUGCCAAACCUGUGGAGUUAGCACCAAGGGCACUGCCUCAAAAAGUACAAUCUGGGAAUCAGUGCCUGAGAACAAGCUAUCAAAUCACAGAAUCCUCUGAGCUUACCUCCAGUCCAUGCUUACAAAAUAUGAAAUCCAAUAAAUUAAGCACAAACCCAACACACCAAACUUUGGAAACAAUGGAGUUGAAAGGAUUUCAAAUUGUAAAGACCAUGUUAAUCCCAGGGCCACUGUUUCAAACUGUAAAAUCUGAGGAAUUAGCAACAGGACCAAUUCCUCAGUUUGUAGAACCUAUAGGAGUAGCCACAAGAUUGGGGAUUGAAUUAAUGGAUUGUUUUGAUUUGACUACAAGGCCGAAUCUUCAGGAACUGGUAAAACCUGUAGAAUUAAUGCCAACUCUAAAUAUUCAAGUGAACUCUGCAGAAUUAACCUCACAGCAAACACCUUCAUUUGAGGGACCUACAGUAUUGACUCAACUUGUAAAAUCCAUAGGGAUAACAAAAGAACCUCUUAAGGUCAUGGAAAAUAAGGGUUUGACUCAAGGACAGGUGUACCAGAAUGAGGACUCUGAGGAGUUAACAUCAGAAGAGUUACAAAUUAAGAAUUAUUUCUCUCAAUUCCCUUACAACCCUUCAGCCUCACUCAUUUCAAGCUCUGCUACAACAGAUGAAUCAGAAGAACUUCAGGAUUCUGGGAUACCAAAAGUAUGGAGAGCUUGGGAUAUGAAAAACCUUGGUAUAGACAUUUUGGAGAAUGAAGACUCCUACAUAGACCCUUUUAUGAUACAGUCUUCAACCUUUCCUUUGGACCUUCAUAAUCAACCCUCUGAUAAGCCAGUGAACAGUGUGGAAACCCUAAAUCCUGAGAUCCUGGCAGUGGCUAUCAUGUCUAAGGAAAGAAAUACAAGAAACCAGAUAGAGGAAUCAGAGGACUCACUUCAGAGCUAUUCCCAGCAUCUACUACCAACUUGGAGAUCUGGGUCUUUCCAGGCAGGACCAAGGGCUCAAAGAGGCUCUAUUCAAUCUUUCCUGGGGAGACAACAGAAUGCCUGGGAGAGUCAUGCCUAUAGGCAGAGACUACCUAGAAAAUAUCUAUCCUCUAUGCUAAUGCUGGGGAAUGUCUUAGGAUCCACUAUGGAAAGAAAGCUUUGUUCUCGAACAUGUUUAGUAAAAAGAUCCGGUGCAGAUAUUGGUCAAUCUGUUCAGAAUUUAUUUGGAGUUCCAGCUGAACUGAUGGAAUUUUCCCAGUCCCUGCUAGAGAAGAGUCCAGCUACUGUUUCAAAGCCUUCAGUAUUCAAAAACUAUAUUCAGAGGCAUACUUCAUGCCAUGAUCAUGAAAAAGGAAUGGGCUUAAAGAUGUGGACACGUGGCUUCACAUCUUCCAUAAUACAGCAAUAUUCUGGGACUCGAUUUAUAAUAAAGAAAGCAAACUCAAAGCUCAGAGACAAAUCCCAGGAAGUCACUCAGUACAGGCCAGGGUCAUAUGUAGGGGGGUGGUUUCCCACCCUAGUAGAGUCAGAAAGUUCCCUCAGGAUAUUUCACAAUAAGGAAGAUCUUACUCCUUGUGAAUCACCGAGUAACUCACAGGCAAGGAUAGACAAUUUGUGGUCAAAUGAAAACUACAAUUUGCAACAAAAAUCUGGGGAUGAUCACUUACCAAGUGAUAGCAAAAGAGAGAGGAUGCCAGUUGUCAGGCAAAGGGCAACAAGUCCAAUCACGAAGCACGAGGACAUUUUAUGGGGAGAGACAGACCCAUGGAGAUCAUCGCAACAGCCAAAAACAGAUAGGCUUUCCCAUUCCAGACCACCACAGUAUGAUUCACAGACAAGGACUUUUGAGCCUCUCCACUCCUCAAAACCCACUUACCUUUCUCAGGCCAAGAGUGACUUCUCAGAACAGUCCCACCUUCUACAAGAUCUACAGCUAAAAAUUGCUGCAAAACUCCUAAGAAGUCAAAUACCUCCUAAUGUGCCUCCACCUCUGGCUUCAGGUCUUGUCCUGAAAUAUCCCAUCUGCCUACAGUGUGGCCAGUGUUCAGGACUUAACUGUAAUCAUUCUACUUCGCAUACUUCUUCUAGGUCUUAUAUUCUUAUCUAUCCACAGCUCCACCUCGUGAGCACUCCUGAAGGCCAUGGUAAGGUUCGGCUACGUCUUGGCUUUAGAUUGCGAACUGGAAAAAGACAUCACAUCUCCAAGUAUCAUGGAAGAGAUAAACAUACCAAAUUAAGAAGUCCUGUAUCAUCAUCACGAAAAAAAGCUAAAAUUUAUCCUCCAGCUUCCAAAGGUGUUGGUCCCACAACAGAUUUUCGGUCUGGUUCUUCUCAGCCUCCUGCUCCUUUCGAAGUCCACAUCAAGAGGAAGCAACGGAGCAGCCCCGAAUCAGUCAGAAAGACAGAAAUUGGAGAGGGUGAGCACUAUAAAUUCCCUAAAGUUCACUCCCUAUCAGAAAGUGAUUCUGAAAGCAGUCAUGAUGAAAAUUUCACUAAAGCAAGAACAGAAAAGUCCCCUGAUUCAAAAUAUCCAAUGAAAAGAAUUAUAAAGGGACCUAGAUCACAAAACACAAAGUUCCACACAUACAGUCCUUCAAGGGACUUAUCAGCCACUUUAAGGAGAAAGAGGAUUAGAGCAGCUCAGAUAAGCACUGCUUCCUUAAAAAGACCACCUAAGAAAUCCUCCCAUCCCAAAUUCCUGAGACUGCUUUUUCAAGGCCUAAAGCAGGUAUUCCAAACAGCACACAGAAUUCUGCCUUUUGUUGGUCAGAAGCCUGAGGACAGGACAAAGAUAGAUGAUUUGUGGUCAAGUGAAAACUGCAGUUCACAACAAAAAUCUAGAGACUACCACUUACCAAGAGGUAGCAAAAGAGAAAGGAUACCAGUUGUCAAGCAAAGAUCAACAAGUCCGAUCACUAAGCAGGAGGACAUAUUUUGGCGAGAGACCAACCAAGGGAGAUCAGCUCAACAGUCAAAAAGAGACAGCUUUUCCCAUCCCAAGUCCACAGCUUCCCAAACAGGAGUUAGUGUCUACCCUACGUUAGUCACUCAGGAUUUGGGUAUAGGUCAAGAUGUCAGUGGCAGCAGUGCAAAGAGAAGCUUCCACAGAGAUGAAACCUCCAGCCAAGAAUCUAUCAACUUGCCCAAACCAGGAGCCAGAUUUCAGGCACAAAGGGGAAAGCUACCUUGUUCCCUUGGGAAGAAAACCUUGCAGAGUCAUCUCAGAGAUAAAGACACCCACAAGGUGGAAACCCUCCACCGGUCCUACAGGGACAGAACCCGACAAAAUUCCUGUGUGAGAAGUCAGGGCAGCCCCUCACAGAGACUCCAUUGUGGCCUCUCUGAGGACCACCUUCCCAGUCCCCUGGAAAAGAGGCGUCGAAGGCCCUCAGAGAGGACCAGCCACAGUCUCUCAGAGAAGAGGCAGAGGCGUCACAGAACCUCUGAGAGGCGCUAUCGCAGUCCCUCACAGAGAGGAGGCCGCAAUUCCUCACAGAGAGACCGCAGUUCCUCACAGAGAGGCCGCAGUCCCUCACAGAGGGCAGGCCGCAGUCCCUCACAGAGAGGAGGCCACAGUCCCUCACAGAGGGCAGGCCGCAGUCCCUCACAGAGGGCAGGCCGCAGUCCCUCACAGAGGGCAGGCCGCAGUUCCUCACAGAGGGCAGGCCGCAGGCCCUCACGGAGGAGAGGCCGCAGUCCCUCACAGAGGAGAGACCACAGUGCCCUGGAGAAGCAACGUCACAGGCCCUCGGACAGGAGACAGCGCAGUGCCUCGGAGCGGAGCCGGGGCAGUCUCUCUGAGACAACCAACACUCGCCAUCCGUCUGAGAGGAAAGGCCACAGUUCUGGGACAGCCCAUCGCAGUCCCUCUGAAAGAAGCCGUCACAGUCCCUCGAAGAGAGCUCAUCUCAGGAGCCCUGAGGGAACCCGACACAGCCACUCUGAGAGGCGCCACCGCAGUCGCAGUCGCGCUGACAAAACCCAUGACAGCCCCCCUCAGGAGAGACUCAAGGACAGCAGCCCCACAGAGAGGCCUCAGGAGUCUUUCCAGAGUUACUCAAACGUGUCUAAAAAAGCCCAAAGCAGGACACGGUUGGAGGCCUGAAGCUGGUAGAUUAUAGACGUCUCCCACAAUUCUUUAUCUAGCUCCCCUCGCCUGGCUUUUCCCUCCUCCACCACUGCCUCCCAUCCCACUUCCUCCGCGAGGAGAGGGCUGUCGGACCCCUCCACCGUGGGGGAGGGGAGCGAAAAUGAGCCUGUCAUCUCUCGAAGAUCAAUAAAGGGGCAAUAAUUGA